AUGAAGUAUACGCCUCUACGCGCAGGCUUUAUUCGCCUUCUCAACAUUGACUGCGCCAAUGACAAAGUCGUGUGUCGAGUGAUCAAGACUAAGCUCUCUUCCAGUCUCAGUUUUGACGCAGUGUCUCAUACGUGGGGCACCGAAGACCGGACUGAAGCCAUCGAUUGUAACGGCAAAUCUUUCCCAGUCACACCAAGCUUGAAGACGAUGAUGCAGCAUCUGUACCACUACAGGACCGAACCCCCUAGAUCAAGACGUGGUGGUUCAUCGCGCCCUCUAUGGAUCGACACCAUUUGUAUCAACCAAGAUGAUGCGAACGAGAAAGAGGUCCAAAUCCAGCUGAUGGGCACCAUCUUUGCAGGCGCUAUACGUGUCAUCAUAUGGAUCGGUCCUGCGGGAGAGCAUACGGACACAUUCAUGGAUGAGAUACCAUCUGUACUCGAGGCGCUACAAGGUGACGGCCGGGCUUGUCCUUUCCAUUGGGAAACCCCGAUCUCGGGUGCUCUGGAGCAGGAGAUCCCAGCCAAGUGGGCGGGAUUGCGCGAUGUUCUCGGACGACCGUGGACGACUCGGCUCUGGACCUUUCAAGAAGGUGUAUUGGCCAAGCAUGCCGUAGUCAUGUGUGGGUUGCACGGAGUACACCUUGAUGUGCUUGCAGAGAUUGAUGGCCUUUUGGAGAAAGGCGACUUCGACAUGAAUUUAUACAUGCAAACGCAGAGAACAGCAAGGGAUUUUCCGUACAGCUUUCCGUUUGGCGCCAUCGGCUCAUUUAGAAGUUCGACACACGGAAACAUCGCGCCAUACCUGCUAUCGCAUUGCUGGGGUCUGGGGGUAAAAGAGCCAAUCGAUCGGAUUUGGAGUCUCCUUGGGCUUCUGGAGGAAGGGUUGAAGGAGGAGGUGGCCCCACUGAUCGAUUACAGCAACGAAGGUCGCGAGCAGUAUUGGAAGACUUACUUGCGCUUCGCCAAAACACUGCUCAGGCACGACAAGUCACUUGCUAUCCUAUCACUCUCGGCGUACGAGGAGGGCUCCAAGCUCCCGUCUUGGUGCCCCGACUUCUCCAAGCCAAUUCCCUACCGAACCUUCAACUUCGAGCAGAACAAUUACCGAGCCGGAAUCCUAGAAAACUCGCACCACCGUCAUUUGCGCAUCCCGGAAGUCCUCGACGACGAUGACCAAAGCCUGGAGAUCUCAGGAUUCAGACUAGACGCCGUCAGUGACGUGGUGAAGGAUUCCAGGCUCCAACAAGCCCGGUUCAACGUGCAACACCCAACGGACGUCGCAGCUUGGAUCGACUGGGAGGCGCGGUGUCGGACGCUUGCGCAACGGGUAUCAUGUGAUGGAAUCACCACGAUGCUGCCGCAUAAUUAUCUGCGUGUGCACGCAAGCGACAUGGUCAAAGAUGCAGAAUCCAUCUACACGGAUACUGGCAACGAUGCGAUAACCACCCUUAUAUCUUUGGUUGGGCAGCAGCACUGUAGCAAUCCCGGCACCAACACUGCUACUGCUUCCGUCUGGGCCCUAACGUCUCAAUGCUUGCGCCAAAUCUGCACGGAUCGUGGAAUCCCCGGAGAUACACAGAGGCGUAUUGCGGAAUGCUACGAGGCCAUUGAGCGGAACAUUGGCCGCACGUUUUUCAGAACCUACAAUGGCCGGCUCGGGCUGGGUCCGCCUGGCAUGGAAAUCGGCGAUGCCAUUUGCGCUUUCUUUGGAAGCGGGCCGCUACACGUCCUACGGUUUGUGGAGCCAGCGGAAUGCGCAACAUAUAUCGGGGAUGCCUAUUUGGACGGUUGCAUGCGGCUAGAUGAGCUUGACGGCAUUCGAGGCCAGGAUGAUGUUUUUCACAUUCGAUAA